AUGAUAAAAACCCCCGAGGGUUCAUCAGCAGCAGGAGAAACACCAAGAAGAAUACGUAUUUUCUUUAACCAUCCAACUAAAUCUUUUGCUGAUGCAGAGACGGACCCGGCUACGGAUGAAUUCGACCUACCAGAGGACGAUUCAUUAGAGAAGGGUUUAUUUCUUCCCUUAAAAUCUUUUCGUUAUAAAAGUGUUGCUUCCUUACAAGUGUUUGUAGAGGAUAAUGGAGGAGCACCAACAACAAAGAUUUCUCAUCUUGAAGUCUUUGGAUCACCUGUUGAUAGUCUUCAGAUGAAGGAUUGGAAGCCUCUAAAGCCUGAGGAAAGUUUAGCUCAGAAUGACACAUGA